GAGUGACGGCAGGUUUGCGUGUCCUACGCAGCUGGCAUGGAGCGGACGAGGAAAACUACCUGUGUUGCGCGUGUCGACUUCGUUGCGUAUACUUUAUCCAUGUCUGUAUCAAAACCAAUCUUAUCUACGUUGACGUUGUUGAUGCAAAGCAGCGUCUCAGGUCCUUUUCUAGAUGUGUCAUUAAAAUGAGUUUGAUUCAUUGAUUUGAAUUUCCGUGUCUGUGGUUGUAAGCCAAACCCUGAGAGUGGGUGCGUGUUUUUCGUGUGUAGUUUGAGUGCGUGUGUUGUGUGACAGACAGAUGCCAGUAAUUUCUCGGUGCCCCGAUGCGCUCAUUGGUGCGUCCCUCCAACGUGUCACCAGUUUUGGUGGAUUACCCCAGAUAUCUUCAACCAUCAGGAGGGUGCAACUUCACUCUUUUCUCUCAACUCCUCGCAGUGUCCAGCUGCCAGCGAGACAUUCUGACAACAUUUGGGAACUUGUGACUUCAAAAAAUAACAACUCAGGGAAAGCUAUUAGAUUCAUUUUAUUUGUUCUUUUUACGCACGCAGAAUAAAAAUGCAUUUAUUUACUUCAGAGUCCAAGAUGACGCCGUCUUUCUCAGUCCCUGCCUUUCUGUUUUUGGUACCCUUUUUGUUGAAGGGUCUCUGCGUCAGAGGCUCUCCAGGUUGCGCGUCUUGCGGCUUGUCUGCGAUGGAGAAAGACGCAGAGGAAAUGCUGCUGAUAGAAAUCGCAAAGCAACAACUUUUGGACAAGCUGCACCUGAAAGAGAGACCAAAUAUCAGUCAGACAGUGCCCCGGGAGGCGCUCCUCACUGCGCUGCGCAAACUGCACUCGGGGCGCGUCAGACAGGAUGGGACUCUUGAGCUAGAGAACAAUAUACCUACCAAAGAUCAAGGCUAUGAAAUAGUGAGCUUUGCUGAUAUAGAUGAUAUGGGGAGUGGUGAUGGAGCUGGUCUUAGUCUUACCUUCCAGUUCCUGCAGGAACGUGGCCAGAGUAUCCAGGUCCUCCAGUCUUCUCUGUGGAUCUACGCCCGCUCCUCCGGGGACCCUAACCGAGAUUCCCGCCUCCCUGCCAGGGUUUUCCUCACCGCAGAGGGGGGGGCAUAUGGCUCUAACCGCACCCUGGUGAUAGAAAAAAUGCUGGAGGUCCAGGAGAGUAACUGGCACACCUUCCCUAUCACCCGCACCCUGCAAACCUUCCUGGAUGGAGGCCAGCAUCGUCUACGUCUGGAGGUCAGCUGUGAUGAGGAUGGGAAGAACCUCUGCUCCCUUGACAGCUCUGCUGACAGCCUCCACCAGCCCUUCAUGGUGGCCCAGGUGCAUCUCCGUGAAGACCGCUCCAAGCACUUACUCAGGAAGCGCUCACUGCGCUGUGGGGACGAUGUCACCGUGUGCUGUAAGAGAGACUUCUACAUCAAGUUCAAAGAUAUCCAGUGGCAUGACUGGAUCAUUGCACCUGAAGGCUAUCACAUGAACUACUGCAUGGGUCAGUGCCCUCAACACCUGUCUGGCUCACCUGGUAUGGCAUCCUCGUUCCAUGCCACUGUCUUCAGCCAGCUGAAAGUCAACGGCAUUAACACGGCUACAUCUUCAUGUUGUGUUCCCACUGAGCGUCGGCCUCUCUCCAUGGUUUACUUCGACUCGCAGCACAGCAUUGUCAAAAGGGACGUCGCUGAUAUGAUAGUGGAGUCCUGCGGAUGCACAUAAAGGACAGAGUCUUAAAGACAUGAUAUAUUUAACAUUGAUUUGUUUUAACAUAUAAACAACUUUGAAGCUUUAUUUCUCUAUUGCAAAGACAGGAAGUAGAAACUCUCAUGAACAGAAAAAUUUAUAUCAAAGUUUUCUUUGUGGGGUAAAAUGACAUCAGGGAAAUAGUGCACUUGAAGAAAAAGAGAUUUUUAUAGAAUAAGCCAAAACUAUGGCGCUCAGGAAUAUUAUAGUGAACAAUAAUACACAUUUAGAAAGUUUAUAUAUCUAGAAUCUUUUAAGCUAUAUUUAAUAUAGUUUGUCACAUAUUAUAAUUUUAAAUAAUAUCUAAAAAUAUUUUUUAUAUGCAGUAUGUAAAUCAAUAUUGAGUGCCUAGAACCGAAUGAAAUGAGUAAGAAUAUACAAUAUAAUGAGAUCGUAAACUCGGUGAGAAUAUACACAGAUGUAUAAUGAAGCAUAUGUCAGAGGUAUUAAUUAAAGAGAGGGCAGAAACUAACUAACCAUAACCUAUGGCAGAUUCAAUACAGAUACAAAAAGAGUGACUAUAAAUGUCCAACUUUUUCACAACAAGAUCAGGCCAUGGAUCUGGCCGAUUGAAGUCUCACUAUUCUUCCUUUUUUUUAAGAUUUAUUUUUGGGCUUUUUAUGCCUUUAUUGUAGUGAUGGGAUAGUGGAUAGAGUCGGAAAUCAGGGAGAGACAGAGGCGGGAAAGGAGCCACAGGUCGGAUUUGAACCCUGGCCGCCCGCUUGGAGGACUAAAGCCUCCGUACAUGGGGCGCACGCAAGUCACACUAUUAUAAAUUAAAACAUUUCUAGUGGUCACACAAUAACCGCAAAGAGAUUAUAGUCUGAAGCCUUUACUGUUGUGGAAAGUUAAGGGAUGUUUUUUUGUUUUCGUGUUAUUUAUUUUGUAUUUCAAACUUUUUGAAAGUAUUCAGUUCGAAGUGAAAUGUUUUCUCUUUCUCGGGAAAAUUGGGCAGAACUCAAAACACUUUUAGCUCUAAAGUGAUUUUUGUAAUAGUCACAGUGUCCACGUGCAAUAUAUACACUUGAACUUCUUUAGUUUGAAUACAUUUAUAGUUUGAAUACGUCUUUAUUUGAAUGGCUUACCUGCACCUUUUUCGUAGCCUAACUAAAUGCUGCCAUUUUAAUGCAAGACUUUGAAAGCAAUGAAAGAGAUCUUUGAUUUAAAGUGUGCCUUCUUCCUUAACUCAUAUUGACAAAGUGCAACUUGUGACAUUGAGUGAUAAUCCAUUGUGGUGUGAAUACCAAAGACUAUGUAUCACUAUAUCACUUCUAAUUGUUUUUUCUUAUGUGGUUAAUUGUGUAUUUUUAUGUGGACCUGUGACACAGUAUUCAUAAUGACUAUUAUUUGUAUUCUGAAAGUGUGACUUUCUAAAUAACAUCAACUUGGAAGAUGUAAGUCGCAGUUUUAUGACAGUGAACUUAAACACAGAUAAGAGGUAAUAUCUGCCGAGUUCUGUUCUGCAGGUUUUAAAAAAAUGCUUGAUCAGCAUCUCCACUGUAAUAUUUACCAAAGUCGGCUAAUCAGUUGAGUAACGGAGGCUCUGACAGUAUUUGAACCCCAGGUCAUUUUUUUAGCAACGUGAGUAAACUAUUGCUUCAGUGUCAGGUAAUGUGAAGGUCUGUGAGGCAGCUAGGUCACUGAGCAUGUGCUAUUGCACGUUGGCUUUUAUAUCCAAUUUGAAAGUUUUCCAGGAUAAUGUCAAAUUAGGAAUUUCCUGCUAAAGGCAAUCUGGGAAUCUAUUUGUCUGAUUUGAAAAUGUCUUCCUACAAUGACCUUUUUUUAAACAGCAUGAAAACAAUGGAAGCUCACAAAGUAAAGAAGUGUGGUAAUGUUUAAGACACAUUUUACAAGGUUUUUCAAAACUGAAACUGGCAGCAAAGUUUCAAAGUUAAUCUGUCAGGAAAGGGCAUCGUGUGAAUUGAUGUUUGGGAAAAUAUUGUGGAUGAACAACAUUGUCCUUUUUGCCAGCUUUAAAGGUAUUACAAUGCUGUAUGAAAUAAGUUCCUAUAAUUUGUGACACUGGCCAUGCCUUUUCUCUGGAUGUCUGGAUGAUGCUUGAGUGGGAUGUCCUUACUAUGUUGGUGAACUUUAUGAAGAAUCUGCAUCUUCCUUCCAUUAUAAACAGGAGAACAUUUUUCUGGUGAUAAUUUCAGAAACGUCCUUAAAUAUUUCUAAAAAAUAUUUAGCAAACUUGUUCCAUCACUCUCUGUUGCCUCUCAAAGCUGCACUUGUACUGUUUCUUCAGACUUCAAACCAGUGUAAUACCAUUUGAAUGAUAGUUUUUUGUUCAGAAUUUGAUCUUUUAAGCACCAUUGUGUCACCAAUGUGACAUUGAGAUGCGUUUGAAACUUACUUAGCACUUUAUCAUCCUACUGUAUUUUUAGAGCAGAUUUUUUUUUGCUUGAAGGUUCUACCACUUAUAACUCAAGUAAGCAUUAACAAAAGAUGGAAAUAGGCUUACAGAAAUCAAACUUUAAUCAGUCUAUUUUCUUCAGCUCUAGUUGGGUUUAGUAGUGUGGAACUGUGUGUGUUUGCGGAGCAUAAACAUGAUGCAAGAUUCUUCUGCAUACUGUAACUGGUGGAAAUGCAGCCAGGUUUUUGUGUCAAUUGACAAUUAUUGUUUUUAUUUUUAUACAAUACUAUAUUUUCUGCAUACCAAAUGGGUUUUAAAGCAAUUAAAUAUAAUGUGAUGCAAUUAUAUAAUUGCUGUAUAUUUUUAAUAAAUAAAUAUUUGAACUGUC